AUGGCACGCUCAGCAAUAGUCCAGGAAUAUUCAUCAUCAACACCAACCCUCACCCUCGACGAGAGAACCGCCCUCGAGCGCCAGAACAAUGGUAUCCCCCGUCCUCAAGGCUACCGGGUGUCAUGGCACGCCAACCCAGCUGUCGAACCGCACCACUUCGGCCAGUCACACCCCAUGAAGCCAUGGCGGUUAACACUCACAAAACAACUGGUGAUGGCGUACGGGAUGCACCACGCCAUGGACCUCUACCUAGCGCGCGCCGCGACAUACGAAGAAAUGGCCGACUUCCACAAAACAGACUACCUCGAUUUCCUCAAACAAGUGGUCCCAGGGGACAUCGAGAACGCCGAUCAAAGCGAUAAUGUUGCGCGCUUCAACUUCGGCGACGACUGCCCCAUCUUCGACGGCCUCUACAACUACUGCUCCCUCUACGCAGGCGGCACCAUCGACGCCGCCCGCAAGCUCUGCAACAAUCAAUCCGAAAUCGCAGUCAACUGGUCCGGCGGCCUACACCACGCCAAAAAGGCCGAAGCCUCGGGCUUCUGCUACGUCAACGACAUCGUCCUCGGCAUCCUGCAACUCCUACGCCACCACCCCCGCGUCAUGUACAUCGACAUCGACGUGCACCACGGCGACGGCGUCGAGCAGGCCUUCUGGUCCACAGACCGCGUCCUCACCGUCUCCUUCCACAAAUACGACAAAGACAACUUCUUCCCGGGCACCGGCGCCCUCGACUCCACCGGCCCCAACCACCCCCUCAACCCAGGCGCCCACCACGCCCUCAACGUGCCCCUCCACGACGGCAUCGACGAUGACUCCUACAUCCAGCUUUUCCAGGAAGUCAUCGGCGCCUCCGUUGAGACCUACCGCCCAGGCGCCAUCGUCUUGCAAUGCGGCGCCGACUCACUCGGCUGCGACCGCCUGGGCUGCUUCAACCUCAACGUGCGCGCGCACGGCGCCUGCGUCGCCUUCGUGAAAACCUUCAACCUCCCGCUCCUCGUCUGCGGCGGCGGCGGGUACACGCCGCGCAAUGUGUCUCGCGCCUGGGCGCACGAAACCUCCAUCCUGAUCGACGCGCAGGACAUUAUCGACCCGCACAUCCCGAACAGCGUAUCCUUCCGCAACCACUUCGGGCCAGACUUCUCGCUGUUCCCGCCGUUGUCAGAGAUGCGGCGGCUGGAGAAUAAGAAUUCGCGGCCGUACCUGGCGAGUCUGGUGCAGGCGGUUAGGGAGCAGUUGCGGUAUAUUCAGGGGGCACCGAGUGUGCAGAUGAGUUUUAUUCCGCCGGAUAUUCUGGGCCUGAGGGAGGAGACGGAGCAGGAGAUUGAUGAGGAGACGGCGCUGAUUGAGGAAGAGAGGGAGGAACGCGAGGGCGGGGGAAAUGGGGUGAUUCGGGCGCGGAAUAGUCGCAGGAGGGAGUUGGAGAGGGGGGCUGGGUAUCGGGGAGAGUUAUAUUCGUAG